CAACUGAUGAACGUGCGAUCUAGGUUGGUACUGGUCUCCACUCCUUUACGACAAGUUCACAGUGUUGAAUUAUUACAGCAUAUACGAUCUUUUGCUCACUCCAGUUCUCCAUCAGCCGAGAUCGCACCCUCUCCAUCCUUUGAUUAUUCUUCCUUAUCUCCCAAAACUUUACCUUUAUAUGAUUUUUUUGCUAAUGUGAAACCUAAGCCUUCUUAUCGUUUUACUUCUGGAGCUUCUGGUUAUGCCAAGCGUCGUGUUCAACAACCUACAACAACUGAAGCUUAUUGUGGUCAUCAAGUGGGUGAAGAUGCUUAUUUCUUACGACAUGAUUCUCUCUCUGUUGCCGAUGGUGUUGGCGGUUGGAUUAAUACAAAAGGCGCUCAAUCUUCUCUUUAUUCACGAAAACUGAUGCAUCAUGCCUAUCUGGAACUAGAACGUUAUGACAACAUCGAAGAUCCUUUAUUUUGUGAAUAUGAAAAGGCAAAUCCAUUGACUAUCCUACAAAAAAGUUACGAUGAAACCAAGGAAGAAGCGAUAAAUGAAGGUGUCAUUGGAUCAUCCACUGCUUGUUUAGCUCUUUUACGUGAUGAUGAACUUCGUGUGGCAAAUCUUGGUGAUUGUGGUAUCUCUAUUAUUCGACAUAACAGUUAUGUAUUCAGAAGCGAAGAACAACAACAUGCAUUCAACUUUCCUUAUCAAUUAGGUACUCAAUCUAGGGAUCAACCUCAUCACGCCAAUGUAUUUAAUGUCAAGGUAGAGAGAGGCGAUAUCAUCAUCAUGGCAUCCGAUGGAUUAUUCGACAAUGUAUUUGAUAGAGAUAUUCUACGUAUGAUCAAUGAAUACAACAAUCACUAUGGCAAUAACAUACCCUCAUCACCCUUACGCCGUUUUGCUAAUAUUCAACCUCAAGGUAUUGCCGAUAUGCUCGCUAGUCAUGCCAAACAUAUUAGUGAAUCAAGACAACCAGUAGAUACCCCUUUCCAACGAAGAGCCAUGUCCGAAGGAAUCCCAUUUCAUGGUGGAAAAUCAGAUGAUAUCAGUGUUCUUGUUGCUAUUGUCAAUGACUGUGAGGAUUCUCCCGAUCGUCGUCUCUAGUUUUUUGGUUUUUUUUUUAGUUUACUUUUUUUACAUUAUAUAUUUGUUUAUUUAUAUCAUUAUCAUUCCUUCAUUACUUUAAUCAUUCAUUCAUAUUAGUUUAGUCUUUCCUAUUAUAAAAAAAAUAAAGACUCAUUUAUAUUUAUUGACAGUUGAA